ACAAUACAGAGAAGGGGGAUCCAAUCCGGUUUGAGCUAGUUCUGGUACGGAUGGAACAUUUAUGUUAGUAAGUUACAGACUGUUCUGUGUAGGCUUAGGUGUAGGUCGCCUUAUAUUUCAGUGACUUUCCACCAAAACUGCAAAAAGACAUCACUAGUCUUUACUCUUUGUCUAGACCACACAAGCUAAGCCAACAAUGCCGAAAAAAGCUUCUAAGACAGAGGAUGAGGUUUCUACGCCAGCAGAGGUGGUUAGUCAGAGGAGAGUGUCCCAGAGGUUGAUGAAUCUACGUGGAACGGCUACUGAGACAAAACCGUCAGAACCCAAGCCAAAGAAGGCCAAAAAGGGUCCAAAAACCCAAGAGAAGGCCGAGCCAGAGAAGAAAGAGCCUGAGGUUGAGAAAGAGGCGCCAGCAGAAAACGGAGAGGCUAGCGCUGAGGAGGAGGCCCCAGCAGCAGACAAGGCAGAUGAAGAGGGAGAGGAGGCUGAGCAAAAAGAGGAAGCAGCAGAGUAGUAAUAACCAUAAACUCACUCACCAGCGCCCCCUGUACCUCCCUUCUUGUAUAAUGCAGAGAAUAUUUUUUAUCAACUAUUUUCUUACAAAAAGACAGCAAUGUUUUUAGUGACAUCGUUGUAGAAAUACAUUUUAAAAAUACUAAAAACACAGAAAU